AUGUUGGUAGCUUUUGAAGCCGGGAAUCCGUUGAGGGCACUCAUCCUUCUCCUUCUGUACCCUCUAAUCUGUUUAGUAGGGGCAGAGAUGGGACUCAAAAUCAUGGUCUUUGUCAGCUUUGUGGGGCUUAAAGCAGGGAGCUUUCGAGUUGGAAGAAGUGUAUUGCCCAAGUUCUUCCUAGAGGAUGUUGGUCUCCAAGGGUUUGAGAUGGUGAUGAGGUAUGAGAGCAAAGUUGGGUUUACUAAUUGGCCUAUGAUCAUGGUGGAAGGCUUCAUGAAGCAUUACUUGGGGAUCGAAACGAUUGUUGGCAGAGAGAUGGUGGUCUUUCAUGGCUACUUUUCUGGUCUAAUGGAAGAAAGGAGACCAUGUAAGCCGAGUUUAAGCACUUUUCUUGUAUAUCAUGCACUUCACUUUAUCACAGAGGCAGAGAAGAGAACUUGGCAAACACUUCCAAGAGCCAAGUACCCAAAACCACUUAUCUUCCAUGAUGGAAGAUUAGCAUUCAGGCCAACUCCAUUAGCAUCCUUAACAAUGUUCAUCUGGCUUCCAUUCGGCUUCCUCCUUUUCGUCAUCAGAAGCCUUAUUGGAACCUCUCUCCCUUACCAAAUCUCAAUCCCUCUCCUCCAAGCCACAGGGAUGCGUGGCUUCUGUUCCAAGCCACGAUCUUUCCGGUCUGACAAGUCACAAGGAACCCUCUAUGUCUGCAACCACAUAACCUUAUUCGACCCAUGUUACAUCUCAACGUGCACAAACAAUCCUUUAACAGCAGUCACAUACAGCUUGAGCAAGUUCUCUGAGUGGAUGGCGCCAAUCAAGACAAUCCAAAUCACGAGGAACAAAGACAAAGAUCUGAAGUUGAUACAAGAACUUCUGACAAAAACUAACCUUGCUAUAUGUCCUGAAGGCACAACUUGCAGGGAACCUUACCUGCUGAGGUUUAGUCCUAUGUUUGCCGAGGUUGCGAAGGACAUUGUUCCUGUGGCGAUCGAUAUGAAGUGCAACAUGUUCUAUGGAACGACUGCUGGUGGGUGGAAAGGGUUGGACCCUGUGUUUCAGUUGAUGAAUCCCUCUGUUUGA